AUGCCUAGAGUCCCCUCAAUAUCUCCUGCAACUGGCCAGACCACCUCUUCAUCAUAUAUUCACACUACUGAUUGCAAUUUCGUUGACAAUGCGGGUCGAACAUUACUACUUCGAGGAGUCAAUCUUUCGGGCUCUUCAAAGGCACCCGUGGGCAAGCCAUCCUAUAUCCUUGAGGGAAUGUGGGAUAUAGCGGAGGAAGGAGGCGAGAGCUUCAUAGGACGACCGCUGAACAUCGACGACGGGUCUGCCGAUGUUCAUUUGGCUCGCCUCAAGGGCUGGGGUUUCAAUAUGCUGCGUUUCCCUGUAACAUGGGAGGCACUAGAACACGAAGGGCCGGGCCUCUACGACUACGAAUUCAUGGACUACACCGUGCGAGUGCUACGAAAAUGUAAGGAUUACGGAUUCAAAGUCUACAUGGAUCCACACCAGGAUAUCUGGUCACGCUUUUCGGGCGGUUCAGGUGCUCCCAUUUGGACCCUUGCAGCAUGUGGCAUCGAGCCAAGGCACUUUACCGCGACCCAGGCUGCCAUUGUUCACGCGGAAUAUCCUUCACCUUAUGAUCCCGACCCCGCCUCGAUGCCUGCCAUGCUAUGGUCAACCAAUUACGGCCGCCUAGCAUCCCAGACCAUAUUCACCCUUUUCUUCGCUGGCCGUGACUUUGCGCCCAAAUGCAUAAUCGAUGAUCAAAAUAUUCAGGACUACCUGCAGGAGCACUUUACCGAGGCCAUGGGCCAGAUGGCCGACCGUAUAAGGGAUGCCGGCGACCUAUUGGACGAAUGCGUCAUUGGCUGGGACAGCAUGAACGAGCCUUUCGAAGGCCUCUGCGGCUGGGAGGACCUUAAUGUGUCUCCUACUCAGCAGGGAUCUACCCUCCGUAAAGGCACCCAUCCCUCUCCCGCUCAGUCUCUCUGUCUUGGGAUGGGCCAAGCCCAAACGGUAGAUAACUGGUCCUUUGGUGCCUUCGGUCCCUCACGGAAUGGCAGUGUUACCAUUGAUCCCAAGGGGUACAAAAUGUGGUCAGAUCCGGACGCUGAGUCCGAAGAAGGCAUUCAUCCAAAGUGGGGCUGGCGGCGGCACAAAGACUGGCAGCUUGGAACAUGCGUAUGGGCGCAGCACGGUGUGUGGGAUAUAGAGUCGGGAUAUAUCCUUCUUCCCGACUACUUUCGAUAUGUCCCUUCAUCGCGGUGUGCGGACGCGGCCCCAGUCGAAGUCGAGUUCAUUGCUGAUUACUGGCAGCCCCAUUUCGAGGCAUUUACCUCUCGCAUCAGGGAGUCCCAUCCGGAAUCGAUCAUGUUCGCCCAGCCCCCCGUAUUUGCACCACCGCCACCCAUCGACGAGAGCGUACUCAAAGGUCGUGCCGCAUACUCCCCCCACUAUUACGACGGGCUUACACUUAUAACACGACACUGGAAUUGGUUUAAUGCCGAUGCGCUAGGAGUAUUGAGGGGAAAGUAUUCCUCUCCACUACAGGCUGUCAAAGUCGGGGAAACCGCUAUACGGAAAUCGCUGCAAGAACAACUCUCCAUGUAUAAAGCAGAUGCACUUACCCUUGGACCAUAUCCAACUAUUCUUGGUGAGAUAGGUACUCCUUUCGACAUGGACAACAAACGGAGUUACGGUUGGACGGACAACGGAAAGCACAAGGGCGACUACAGUCGACAAGAACGGGCCCUGGACGCUAGUCUCAAUGGCGCUGAUGGCGCUAACGCGAUCAAUUGGACAGUAUGGACAUAUUGUCCCGAUAGCUGUCACGACUGGGGCGACGGGUGGAAUAUGGAAGAUCUGAGUCUAUGGAGCUCAGAUGAUUUGGGCGUGCGGAGGGGGAAGGAGGAGGAUGACUACUGCGAAUACCCCUUCAAGGGCACGGAAUCGCAAGCCGGUUUAUUGAAGCGGAAGAUGUCGGGCGAAGGUAUCGAUGUUCGAGCGGCGUGGGCUGCAUCGACAUUUUCUUUGGCUACGCUAGGGAUGGGAGAUGUUACGAGCUUUGACGAGCUGAGGGCGCAGCAACGACAUGAGCUCUACAUGAUGCGAUGGCGGGACAAUCCUUACCAGUUUCUAACGGACGGGGCUAGGGCAGAUCGGGCAUUUAACCGACCCUGGCCCCAUAAAGUUGUUGGCCUACCUAAAGACAUCGCGUUUGACCUACGGAAGGCGCAUUUCAAGCUCGUCGUAACCGUGCGCGCCGAAGACAAGCUCAAGGCUGGCGGUGUGGAUGAAGAAUCACCAGCGACGGAGAUAUUCGUUCCUCUAGUGCAUUACGCACACUCCCGGCUGCUUAGUGAUGACGCGUCAGAUCGUUCGGUAGACACGGGCUCUUCCGUGUCUCGUGUUCCAUCAGCGUCGAACCUGACAGAUUCACGGUCGAGUCAGACGUUGACGGGAGGGGAGGAACUGUUGCAUACUCUGUCAGAGAAGAACCUUGUGGAUAUAGAGGUAACGGUGAGUUCGGGGCGGUGGACUGUCGAAGGGCAACUGCUCCGGUGGUGGUAUGAUACACCGCAGGAGGGAGAGGAAGACAGGGAGUACAUUAUCGAGAUUCGUCGGACGGGAGGUCCGAUAUCGACGCGCGAUACGGGCGGCGAGGAGCGUUCGUGGUCUUGGCUGGAUAAAUUAUGUCCUUUCCAAGAAGGGUGCUGUGUAAUGUGA